AUAAUUGUGUUCUUUAUAUUUAUAUAUAAUAUAAUAUAAUAUAAUGUGACUGACUCUCCUUUUAAAUUCACUCAUUCGUCCAUCUCCUCCACUCCACUCCACCAAGCAAAACCCUAAUUUCAAUCUCAGUAGCCGCCACUUUUCCUUCAACAACAAUGACUGGAGAAACAGUGAACCCGAAAGCUUACCCUCUGGCUGAUGCUCAGCUCACGAUAACCAUCAUGGAUCUCGUUCAACAAGCUUCCAACUACAAGCAGCUCAAAAAGGGUGCCAAUGAAGCUACCAAGACAUUGAACAGAGGAAUUUCUGAGUUCGUUGUUAUGGCCGCGGAUGCUGAGCCUCUUGAGAUUCUUCUCCAUCUUCCUCUACUUGCUGAGGAUAAGAAUGUUCCCUAUGUGUUUGUCCCUUCAAAACAAGCACUUGGGCGAGCAUGUGGGGUAACCCGGCCAGUGAUUGCAUGUUCUGUGACAACAAAUGAGGGAAGCCAAUUGAAAUCUCAAAUACAGCAACUCAAGGAUGCUAUUGAGAAGCUGUUAAUCUGAGAAAUUAUAGUCGGCGUGAUGGGCUUCUGAGUGCUUCUUCAGAGGCUUUGACUGGACAACAAGUUGUGUUGUGUUUUAUUUGUAAACUUGAGCUUUACUUCUAAAGAUUGUGAAUUAGUGAAGUUUUAGACCACUAUUUUGAAUUUGUUUAAUGUUAUUUUUGUGAGUUCUAUUAGUAAGUUCAAACUACCUGAGUAA